AUGAAGGAGGCGGUACAAAUUGCGCAACAAGUGAAGGAAAUCCACUCAAAAGCUGGCUUCCAUAUCCGUAACUGGCUCUCGAACUCCAGCGACCUUCUAACACGGGUCGGGGAAAGAAACGUGGAAACGUCGAAGUACUUCGCAGCGACCAAGUCAACUACUAGUGAACGAGUUCUCGGCAUAAUUUGGAAACCAGAUCCAGAUAUUUUCGUGUUCCAAGGGUUGUUUCGAGAAGAAAUGCUACCGCUGAUCCACGGUAAUUACAUUACAACCAAGAGACAGACCCUUCGGAUCGUGAUGAGCAUAUUUGAUCCCUUAGGCUUGGUAGCUGUUUUUGUGGUCCACGGAAAAAUGCUCAUUCAGAACAUCUGGCGUUCGAAAAUCGGAUGGGACGAGCGUAUACCCGAUGAGCUAGUUAGUCAAUGGGAGCGCUGGUUGACCCUGUUGCAGCAACUUGAGCAAAUACAAAUACCCCGGAGUUACUUUCCUGGCAGUUCAAGUGAGAUCUAUCGUUCACUUGAGCUGCAUAUUUUCGUGGAUGCCAGUGAGGAGGCCUUUGCCGCUGUCGCAUAUUUUCGGAUCAUCGAACAACAAACGGUUCGCUGCGUUCUUGUAUCAGCGAAGACAAAGGUUGCCCCACUAAAGCCCAUAUCGAUUCCUAGAUUGGAAUUAAUGGCGGCCGUUCUUGGGGUGAAACUUGCCAAAUCGAUCGAAGAAUACCACACCCUAGCUAUUACACGCAGAGUAUUUUGGAGCGACUCCAGCACCGCACUUUCGUGGAUACGUUCAGACCAGAGAAAAUAUCGACAGUUUGUUGCUUUCCGGGUGACUGAGAUUCUUGAGAAUUCUCAGGUAGACGAGUGGCGAUGGAUCCCUUCUCGUUGGAACGUAGCGGACGAAGCAACGAAGUGGGGCAAGAGACCUUCUAUCAACAACAGUAGUUGCUGGUUCCAAGCACCAGCUUUUCUCUAUCAGCAUCCUGAUCUAUGGCCUCAUCAAGAUCUACGUGUUACAGAGACACCAGAAGAGCUUCGCCCCAUCCACAUUCACCAUCAAAUUGCACUUGUUGAGCAGCUGAUCGUGUUCGGAAGGUUCUCAAAAUGGGAACGCUUGGUGCGAGCUGUAGCGUAUGUUCUCAGAUAUCUUUGGAAUCUGCGCCGCAGAGUCAAAAAGCAAACUGCAGGAACGACGAAUUGGUUGAAUCAGGACGAGUUACGAAAGGCAGAGUCAGAGAUUUUUAAGCAAAUCCAGCAAGAGGCUUACGGAGAUGAAAUCAUCACACUCAUUAGAAAUAAACAGCUACCGAUGGAACAGCAACUAGGUUUGGAGAAAACGAGCAAGCUUCGCAAGUUAUCACCUUUCCUGGAUAAGCACAGUGUCAUUCGUAUGGACAGUAGAGCUUCGAGUUCCGAGCACUUGUCAACAGACUUCAAGUUUCCUGUAAUCCUUCCGAAAGGCCACUAUGGAACUCAGUUGCUGAUAAAUUGGUACCAUCGUCAAUUCAAACAUCGGAGCGCAGAGACAGCAGUGAACGAGAUGCGUCAGAGAUUCCACGUAUCAGAAAUGAGAGCGGCGUUUCGACAGAUCAGAAAACUUUGCCAAUGGUGUAAGAUCUACAAAGCGGUCCCUGCAGUACCUAGGAUGGCUCCCUUGCCCCCAGAGCGGACCACAUCCUACAUUCGUCCAUUUUCUUUCGUUGGCGUGGACUAUUUUGGACCAAUGUUAAUCAGACAAGGACGCAGUGAUGUGAAGCGGUGGGUGGCGAUAUUUACUUGCCUCACUAUACGUGCUGUGCAUUUAGAGGUGUCGCACAGCUUGUCCACGGAGUCCUUUAAACUGGCAAUUCGGAGAUUAAUCGACAGGAGGGGGGCUCCUACCGAAAUAUUUAGCGAUCAGGGAACCAACUUUGUUGGUGCAAACAACGAGUUGAAGAAGGAGUUGCAGCAAAUGUACACAAGUCUGGCUUCAACGUUCACCAAUACAGCAACGCAGUGGCGUUUCAACCCUCCGCUUUCACCGCAUAUGGGGGGGGGGGGGGGUCGGCUGUUGGGAACGCAUGGUCCGGUCAAUCAAGAGUGCUUUGGCUUCGUUGUCUACAAUUCGUAA